AACAAAAAAGGUGUUCUUCAAACUUGAAUUAUAUUUCAAACAACCCUGUUAAAGCGUUAUUAUGUUAGAGGGAUAAUUUCUCUACGGGCUCUGUGGUGGAGAGCAGUAUUUACUGACUACACAGUGUAGCUAUAACUUUAAUGAUGGCGCAGACUUUCUACCUUGAAAACUAAAGAGCUCAUCACGAUGUGUUAUAAAAAAAUUGUCUUGCCUAUUUUUGUUAGUGACUUUACGGUAAAUAAUAAUGUUAAACAAGACAACUUAUUUGGAGUAUUUUAAGUCCGUUUUUUGUAAAAUUCGAAGUUGCGAGUGUAUUCAGUUAAGUGGAUAAUUUUGAUUGGUGUUUGGUAUAAACAUUCAACAUGUCUUGUGGCUGCUGUCAUCGUUGGAGUGUAUACAAAAGAACGCUCAAACGAGAUUUAAGGUUUGUGAGAAUCGUAGCGGGAUUAGAGAAGGGGAUUAGAAAAGCAAUCAAACACGAUCAACUUACAUCGGAUAUUUUCGAUUCCACCUGCUCAAAAAGACCGAAUAAAUUAGCUGUGGUUUCAGCUUAUGAUGAUGUCAAAUAUACGUUUGCCGAACUCAGAGACUUAGUUAAUAGAAUUGGAAAUAUUUUCUAUGACUCCGGCUACAGACAGGGAGACGUGGUCGUUCUGUUCAUGGAAAAUAGACCAGAAUAUGUGGCGUUUUGGUUGGGUCUUUCUAAACUUGGGGUGAUCACGUCGCUUGUAAAUUAUAAUUUAAAACGAGACAGCCUUCUGUACUGCAUAUCCGUUGCAAAUGCUAAAGCCGUCAUUUUUAGCAAUUCCACAGAAGACGCAUUAAGUGAAAUACAAACGGAAUUGAAUGGUCUGGAUUUCUUUUGUUACGGCCGGAGUGAGAAAAUUAAAUACGCGACAGAUUUGCCUGGUUUAAUCGAGACAACGUGCACAAGUAAUCCACCGAGACCGGAAGGAAUCUCUUUCUAUGAUAAGUUGAUAUAUAUGUACACAUCUGGAACAACAGGACUUCCAAAACCAGCAGUAAUUCGACAUACAAGGUUCUAUUUUAUGGUUAAUGGAAUGGCAAGUUCGUUUGACAUUACUCAUCAGGACACAAAUUAUGUUGCUCUUCCUCUUUAUCACUCCAACGGGGGAGUGGGAGGAAUCGGAAUGAUGAUAUACCGCGGAACAACUGUGAUCAUCGCCAAAAAAUUUUCAGCUAGCAGAUUUUUUCAAGAAUGUGCUUAUCAUGGUGCCACCAUGUUCAACUACAUCGGAGAAACAUGCCGCUAUCUUCUUGCUCAACCACCUUCAAAAUAUGAUAGAGCGCACAGAAUUCGAUUAGCUAUAGGCAAUGGGUUGAGACCACAGAUAUGGUCCGAAUUCAAAAACCGAUUUGGAAUUGCUGUAAUUGGUGAAUGUUACGCAUCUACAGAAGGUAAUGCGAAUAUGAUAAACAUCGACAACAAAGAAGGCGCUGUUGGAUUCAAUUCGGUCAUUGCACCUGGAUUCUAUCCAAUACGCUUGAUAAAAGUUGAUCGCAUGACUGGAGAUAUACAAAGAGAUGACAACGGAAUGGCGAUCGCGUGUGAGCCAGGUGAAGCCGGAGAGUUGGUAGGAAAAGUUCGAAGUGAGUACCCAGAUGAUCCUGUGCAUCAAUUUGAUGGUUACGUGGACAAAGAAUCGACCGAUAAAAAGAUUGUUAGCGAUAUUUUCAAUAAGGGGGAUUCCGCCUUUCGUUCUGGUGAUAUUCUAGUGCAAGACGAGUUUGGUUAUUUUUACUUUCAAGACCGCGGUGGAGAUACUUUUCGAUGGAAAGGAGAGAACGUCGGCACGGCAGAAGUAGAAGCCGCCAUUAGUCGGAUUUUAAACAUGAUGGAUGUUGUCGUGUACGGUGUGGAGAUUCCAGGUAUUGAAGGGCGAGCCGGUAUGGCUUGUAUUGGAGAUCCGGAUUAUAGAGUGGACUUAAAUUAUUUGCGUUGUGAGUUACUCAACAGAGUUCCCAACUAUGCCAGACCGCAAUUUGUAAGACUUUCCAGCGAUCACAUCGAACAAACAGAAACAUUUAAAUACAAAAAAGUGAAAUUACGUGAAGAAGGAUUCGAUCCUCGAAAAGUGAUUGAUGAUCGGUUAUAUUAUAACAACCAAAGGACUGGAAAAUACGAAGUCUUGGAUAUAUUAGCUUAUCAAAGAAUUAUUGAUCAUAAUAUUAGGUUUUAAUCACCUUCGCUGGCUGCCGUGGGGGUAGAAUUAUAUCGUAUCGAACCGAAUGGGAUUUUAUGAAAAUAUACUUUUCGAAUCCUAUACAAAUAUUUGCACAUCUCACCAACAUUUACAUUUUUUAGGAGUAGUUUUAAAAGGUAUCACAAAUUACAAAAGGAACAGGGGAGAGCUGGAUGUAUAUUUGUGAAAUACAAGAGUGAAUUGUCAAAAAUAUUUAUUACAUCAUCCAUAACUAUUUUUCGCUGGGUGUUUUUUGUGCUAUAUAAAUUACCUCAAGGGAAAAAUAUUGUUUGCGGAAGAAAAAAAUUGCAAAGUAUGCGAAUAGGAAUUUGAGAAUUGCGCUAAAUACGGAAUAAUUACACAUGUAAGAAGUGGAAAUUUAUGAUGAAUUUACAAGAAAAGUUCUGAAAAGAAGGUAUGCGAAAUAAAAAAUUACGAACGUCUAUCCAUACUAACCUAAAAAUGCAGGAUUUGAGUUUGAGAAUACAUUAAUUGCAAACAUGAAUUCCGUAUUCUUUCUUUCGCAUUAAUUUUUUUCCUUAAGAUAUGCUGUGCGAAAAUCAUU